GGAUAAUACUUAAUCAUCCAGUUAAUUAGCUCUUCGGCAGGCUGAAUCAGUCGAAAAGAGGAUUCGAGAGGCCAGCACUGAAGAAAUGUCGACGUGGAGGUUAUUACCCGAUUCAAGCGGCGAUUGUUUCCGGUGGGAAGUCGCAGGCCGGAUUCUCCAGUCGGACUCGGAAGAUUAUGCUAUUGAAUCCACAGCUCCUCUACCUUCUAUGAACGAUCUCUUGCUCCAAGGAUGGUCGAAUCUUAAACAAGGGGAUGAAGCGAUUUUGAGGACUGGGCUGGGGAACUCUGUAGCUCUAAAAGCCAAAUCUAUUUUAGAAGAUGGACAUCAUCAUCAUCAUCCAGAUUUGCACAACAUAGGAGGCUCUAGUCUCCAAGUGGAUUCAGCUGCAACUUUGCCUAUGUUCAGGACCGCCUCAGGACGUUCUGUCCCAUUGAAAGACUCCUCCAUUGCCAAAGCUCUUUCUAUUCUUGGCACUCACUCAGAUAACGUUCCUCUCAGGGAGAGUGGGUUUGGUGAUCCCAACUCUUUUUUCCAGACAGCAUCUAACAAGAAGGUUUUUGUAUCUUCUGCCGGUCUGUCAAGAGCCAACGCAUUGUUAGGACUCGAAGCAGAUGAUUUUAAUGGAUUUAACCACGUGAAGCGGUCCAAUUCUUCCCACCAGAAACGUGGGUGCUCUGAGUUAAAAACUCAUGCUACAGGGGUUCAGCAUCAUUCAGAAAUUCCAGGACAAUACGAGUGCCAUGUAUUUGAGAAGAUAGCAGAUAAUUUAUAUACAUCUGCAGUUGUACCGCCAACAAUGUUUCAGACUGCUGGUGGAAAAACGUUGUCAGUAUCAGUUCAGGCAUUGAAACGUGCCAGAAACCUUCUCGGAGACCCUGAGUCGGGGACUCUCUUUGAUGAUGUAGCAGCAGGUGAUCAGUUUGCUACACCACAGAAAGUUCAAAGGUUAGGUGAUACUGCUAUAAAAAAUAGAAAUGCCAACACUGGUUAUAAUGCUUAUGAAGGAAAGACAAGCAACAAGCAUACGGCAACUAGUUUUGUAUCUCCUCUUCGGUCAUCUUCAAAGCAGUUCAGAUCAGCCAAAUUGGAGGAUCUAGCUUCAGGGGGUAAUUUGAUCAAGAAAUUUGACGCGGCUGUUGAUGAAACAGACUGUGCUCUGAAUACUACUAAAGUUGCUACACAUGGAGUAUCAUAUAACAGACCUUUGGCAUCAAAUAUGGCAGUGAAUAAUGCCAAGGCAAACGGCUUCAUUCCAAUAGCUAAACAAUUUGGCCAGCCACUUGUUGAUAUAACAAAUCGCAGUGCAAACAAUAAACAAGACAGUACCCAAAAGAAAAGACUGGGAAAGACAAUCUCCGUUUCUCCUUUUAAAAGGCCAAGGAAUUCCUCCUUCAAAACUCCUUUAAAGAAAAAUGCUCAGCAUGCUUUAAGUGGUUUGUCUAUCGUAUCUUCUGAUACACUUAAUUCCAAAAAGGUGCUUUCUACAAGAUAUCCAGAAAGGUCUCCAAGAGUAUAUAUCAAGGAUUAUUUUCGAAUGCAUCCAACAGUUACGACUAAGAUGAACUAUGUGCCAGACCAUGUCAGAAGAAUCAAAUCAAGUAAUGCAGAUAAAUAUGUAUUCCGUGAUGAGUCUUCCUCGAAUAUGGUUGGAGCUGAAACUUUUUUCCAAAUUUUGGCUGAGUCUGGUGCUUCCCUACAACAAGCAUCUAGAAAGUGGAUCAUUAAUCACUACAGAUGGAUCGUCUGGAAACUUGCAUGCUACGAGACGUGCUACCCACUCAUAUGUAGAGGAAAUUUUCUGACUAUCACCAAUGUUCUCGAAGAACUGAAAUACAGAUAUGAGCGAGAGGUCAAUCAUGGUCACUGCUCUGCAAUCAAGAAGAUUCUGAGUGGUGACGCUCCAGCUUCUUCAAUGAUGGUGCUCUACAUAUCAGCUAUUUAUCCAAAGACGGAUAAUGAUUCUCAGGAAGCACUUGGUUCUGGUAGUGGCAGCAAUGUGAAAGUAGAGCUCAGUGAUGGGUGGUACUCUAUGAAUGCUGCCCUGGAUGUCAGCCUGACAAAGCAGCUGAACGCUGGAAAAUUGUUUGUUGGACAGAAGCUUCGAAUCCUUGGGGCAGGACUGUCUGGCUGGGCUACACCAACAUCACCUCUUGAGGCAGUGAUUUCAAAUACGAUUUGUUUGCUGUUGAAUAUUAAUGGGACGUACAGAGCUCACUGGGCGGACCGACUAGGAUUCUGUAAAGAAGUUGGUGUUCCUCUGGCCUUCAACUGUAUCAAGGGCAAUGGGGGUCCAGUGCCUAAAACGUUAGCUGGAAUCACACGAAUAUACCCUAUCCUGUACAAGGAAAGGUUAGGUGAAAGGAAGUCAAUUAUUCGAUCAGAGAGAAUGGAAAGUAGAAUGACUGAGUUGCAUAACCAGAGGCGCUCAGCUCUUGUUGAGGGUCUUAUGUGUGAGUACGAGAGAGGAGUAAAUGGUGUCCACAGCCAGAACGACACUGACAGUGAGGAAGGAGCAAAGGUCUUUAAGCUGUUAGAGACUGCUUCUGAACCUGAACUCCUAAUGGCAGAAAUGAGUCUGGAGCAGUUGACAUCUUUCACUACAUAUAAAUCAAAAUUUGAGGCAGCCAAACAAAUACAGAUGGAAAAAUCAGUGGCAAAAGCUCUGGAAGAAGCUGGCUUAAGUGAAAGGGAUGUCACCCCAGUCAUGAGGAUUAGGCUUGUUGGACUGACGAGUUUAAGUUAUGAAGGAGAACACAAUCCAAAAGAAGGCAUAGUAACCAUCUGGAAUCCAACGGAGAGACAGAGAACCGAGUUGACAGAGGGGAAAAUAUACAUAGUGAAAGGGCUAGUACCGACGAUAUCAGACUCGGAAACACUUUACUUACAUGCCAGAGGGUCUAGCUCAAGAUGGGAGCCUUUGUCUCCAAAAGCUUCUUCAAGUUUUCAGCCCUUUUUCAACCCCCGUAAACCCAUUUCUUUGUCAAAUUUUGGUGGAAUUCCUCUUUCAAGUGAAUUUGAUAUCGCUGCGUACGUUGUAUAUGUUGGAAAUGUAUACACGGAUGUUGAGCAAAAGAAGCAGUGGGUGUUUGUGACAGAUGGAUCUACUCAACGCUCACGUUCAGGGGAAAUCUCAAACAGUCUUCUUGCUAUAAGCUUCAGUACCCCAUCCAUGGAUGACUUGCCCACUCCCCACAUCAGCCAUAGUCUUGUCGGAUCCGUGGUAGGAUUUUGCAACCUAAUAAAAAGAGCAAAGGAUGCGAAAAACGAUAUGUGGGUUGGAGAGGCAACAGAGAACUCAGUGUAUUCCAUAAACGCAGAAGCUGCUUACUCCUCUCACCUCAAAACCAGCAGUUCCCAUAUCCAAACUUGGGCAAAGCUCUCUUCUUCCAACUCGGUUCGUUCUCUUCUUGUACCUCUAUCUAUAUUUAUUUAUCUUUCUUUUUUUGGCUCGGCAAUUGGUUUUUCUGCCAGGUUUUGGUUGGUUCACAAAUGUUUUGGUAUUUUCAGAUUACUUGGUUUACUGGUUUUUGUUUUGCUUUAA